GUAGCCCGGCUUCGGGCUUCAGCAGCAGCGGCAGCUCCAAAAUGGCGCAGACUAUCUUCGAGGCCCUGGAGGGAAUGGACAAUCAGACUGUCUUGGCCGUCCAGUCAUUGUUGGAUGGCCAAGGAGCAGUUCCUGAUCCAACAGGCCAGAGUGUCAAUGCACCCCCUGCUAUCCAGCCACUGGAUGAUGAGGAUGUCUUUCUCUGCGGGAAGUGUAAGAAACAGUUCAACUCGCUUCCAGCAUUUAUGACCCACAAGAGGGAACAGUGCCAAGGGAGUGCCCUGCCCCUGGCCACAGUCUCACUGGCCACCAACAGCAUCUACACACCUUCGGCAGCACCCUCAGCCGUCCAGCAGGCCCCGCCUCCUCCCAAUCGCCAGAUCUCCACGUACAUCACAGUGCCCCCAUCCCCGCUGAUCCAGACCCUGGUGCAGGGGAACAUCUUGGUAAGCGACGACGUGCUCAUGUCCGCCAUGUCAGCCUUCACGUCCCUGGACCAGCCCAUGCCCCAAGGCCCCCCACCUGUGCAGAGUAACCUGAAUAUGCAUCCUGCACCAAACUACCUGGCCCAGCCUCCACCUCCUCCUCCGCCCCCUCCACCGCCCCCGCCCCCUCCCCCCCAACCCCCGCCACCCCCACCCCAGAGCCUGGGCCCCCCUGGGCGUCCCAACCCUGGCGGGAAUGGCGUGGUGGAGGUGUACAGUGCCACGGCACCCCUCACUGGGAGUGGAACGGUAGAGAUCCAAGCACUGGGAAUGCAGCCCUACCCACCCCUGGAGGUGCCAAACCAGUGUGUGGAGGCUCCAGUAUACCCCACACCCCAGGUGUACAGUCCCGGCAAACAAGGGUUCAAACCAAAAGGACCAAACCCUGCUGCCCCUAUGACCAGCGCCACUGGGGGCACAGUGGCCACCUUUGACUCCCCACCAUCACUGAAGACCCGACGGACCAAAGGUUCCAGUGGACUCCCAGAAGCCGCAGGGAAGCCAAAGGCUCAGAAACUCAAGUGCUCAUAUUGUGACAAGUCAUUCACCAAAAACUUUGACCUGCAGCAGCACAUCCGAAGCCACACUGGUGAGAAGCCCUUCCAGUGCAUUGCAUGUGGCCGCGCCUUUGCCCAGAAGUCUAACGUCAAGAAACACAUGCAAACCCACAAGGUGUGGCCUCCAGGACGCAGCGGUGGCACCGUCUCUCGCAACUCUGUGACGGUACAGGUCAUGGCUCUGAACCCCAGCAGACAGGAGGAUGAGGAUAACACAGGGUUGGGCCAGACCCUGUCGAGCGCCCCACAGCCCCAGGCCUUGCCCACAGCCGGCGAGGGAGAGGGGGACAAGCUGGAGGCCAAGCAGGUGGUCCUCAUCGAUAGCUCCUACCUGUGCCAGUUCUGCCCCAGCAAGUUCAGUACCUACUUCCAGCUCAAGUCCCACAUGACCCAGCACAAGAAUGAGCAGGUGUACAAAUGUGUGGUCAAGAGCUGUGCGCAGACCUUCCCGAAGCUGGACACGUUCCUAGAGCACAUCAAGAGCCACCAGGAGGAGCUGAGCUACCGCUGCCACCUCUGUGGCAAGGACUUCCCCUCGCUGUACGACCUGGGCGUGCAUCAGUACUCACACAGCCUCCUGCCACAGCACAGCCCCAAGAAGGACAGUGCCGUCUACAAGUGUGUCAAAUGCGUCAACAAGUACUCCACACCUGAGGCGCUGGAGCAUCACCUGCAGACCGCCACACACAACUUCCCCUGCCCGCAUUGCCAAAAGGUAUUUCCUUGUGAGCGGUACCUGCGGCGUCAUCUGCCCACCCACGGCAGCGGGGGCAGGUUCAAGUGCCAGGUGUGUAAGAAGUUCUUCCGGCGGGAGCACUACCUCAAGCUGCAUGCUCACAUCCACUCAGGUGAGAAGCCCUACAAAUGCUCAGUGUGUGAGUCCGCAUUCAACCGCAAGGACAAACUGAAGAGACACAUGUUGAUCCAUGAGCCAUUCAAGAAAUACAAAUGCCCCUUCUCGACACACACGGGCUGCAGUAAGGAGUUCAAUCGGCCAGAUAAGCUGAAGGCUCAUAUCCUCUCUCACUCUGGCAUGAAGCUCCACAAAUGCGCCCUGUGCAGCAAGUCCUUCAGCCGCCGCGCCCACCUCGCCGAGCACCAGCGUGCCCACACGGGCAACUACAAGUUCCGCUGCGCUGGCUGCGCCAAGGGCUUUUCCCGCCACAAAUACCUCAAGGACCACCGCUGCCGCCUCGGCCCCCAAAAGGACAAGGACCUGCAAGCCCGGCGGCCCCCCCGGAGGCGGGCAGCCCCCCGCAGCGGCAGCGGCGGUGGGCACAAGGUGGUGACCCCCCUGCCUGGCCCGCUCGGGCUGGAGGAGCUGAAGGACACAGGGGCCGGGCCCGUGCCUGAGGCCGCCCCAGGCAAGCCGCCCUUCUCGGAGCCAGAGGCCGUGCUGUCCAUCGUAGUGGGGGGCACGGUGGGGGGCGAACCUGAGCUGGUAGUGCCUGGGCAUGCCGAGGGCCUGGGCUCCAACCUGGCGCUGGCGGAGCUGCAGGCAGGGGCUGAGGGCUCGUGUGCCAUGCUCGCUGUGCCUGUCUACAUCCAGGCCUCAGAGUGAUGGGCCCAUGGUGUUUGCUCCUGCGUCCUGCCUGAUGCUCAUCUUUAGGUCCAGAGCCCCUGGGAGCACACCAGAGAGCCUUCCCCGUGGAAGUGAGCCAUUGGUCAAAAUCCUUUUGGAACGUCAUCUGUAAACCCUGGCCCAAGGCCGCCUUGCUGUGUUCCCUGUCCUGCUGGGAAGCCCUGCACCAUUCUGGGAACCGAGGCAGCUGAGCCUGAGCGGCCCAGGGUCUGGCUGGUCCAGGCUGGUGGUUGGGCUGCCUAAGAGGGAAGACAGGGCCGCCCCAUCCACCUUUCCUCUAGGCUGCCAGGGGGCAGCCUCUAACUAAGCUGCUGAGGCCUGAGAUGGUUAGAGCCCUUAUCUGUUGAACCUUUUCACAUGCAGUUCCUCCCAGCAUCCCCAGAUGACUGUAAUGUAGGCAUGUAGGAGGCACUCAAGUGUCAUGGUUGGAGUGGAGCUAUCAGCCAGAUCUGGCUUCAGAUCCAAGCACUGACACUUACUUGCUGUGUGACCUUGGGUAAGUCACUUCCCCUCUCUGAGCCCCGCAUUCUGUAUCUGUACAGUGGGGCUUAUGACAGUACUACCUCAUAGGGCUGUCAUCAGGAUCCAGUAUGAUGAAGUGUGCAAAGAAUUUGGCAUAGUGCUCAGCACUGAACAAGUGCUCAAUAAAUGUUUUUUGUAUCAAAAAAUGACUCAGGCCCUACCUUUGGCAGUUUCUUUCUUAGCCCCUAGGUGGCAGCAGUGCCCCCUCCAAAGCACGUGGGGGCUGAGGGGUCCCUUGGCUCCUCUCUCACAACUAUCCUGCCCCAAUAGCCACAGAGAGGUUUGAUGCAUACAGAACAGUUAUUUUAGAUCAUGACCCAUGGAAACCCCCUGAGGAAGGGGUUUAUAACUCACUUUUGAAAAUGCAGAAUCCUGGGUUUUAGCCUAAAACCCUCUGCGAUCAGAAACUCUAACCAGAGCCAGAGGACCAUCUCUAAAUGGCCAUAGAUACUCUUGCAUCCAGCAUUCCCUUCACUGUCUCCAGCUAGUCCAGAGGGAAAGCACACCAGGCUUCCUGGGAGGCAGGGAGGAGAAAAGGGGCCUUGACCAGUGCUUUCUUAUUUAUCUUCACCACCACCUUGCUAGACCACAUUGCCUCAGGUGCAGGAGAGGCCUCUGAGGCUCCAAAUGGGACAGGACGGGAUUCGAGAGGACUGUUGGGCGCAAUCUAAUCACGGAGUUUCCCUGAAGAGGACAUCCCUCAGACAUCUGUUUGUGGGCCUAUGGCUGGAGUUCAGAGCAAGGCUGACUUCCCCACAUCUUCAGGAGAGGGUGUGAUGUAGUGGGAGGGAUGAGUGAGGCAGCCUUGCACAGCAGAGGGGGUGAGGGCAGUAAGUGUACCUGGCCCAGCCAUCAGAAGGGCCAGGGGAGGGACUGGUGGGGGCAGGAAGUCUCAGAGGAGGAAGUAGCCUUUGACAGAGUGAUGUAUGGGUAGAUAGAAGAAGGCAUGCCAGACAGAGCAGGGCGUGAGCGAAGACCUUGAGGUGUGACAGUGAUUGAGGCCUGGGGCUGGUGUGUGGUCCAGGGUGACAGAGAUUUGGGGGAAAUGGGUCAAUCAUGAUAAUCACUAAUUGCUUCAAACCUCCAUUUGAUGGAAGCUGUGUUGUAACCCUUCUGUGUUACAUAAGUUCAGCCCCAUCAGGUGAGAAUCGUCACUUUCCUUAGUUCACAGAUGAGGAAACAGAGGCCCAGAGAGGCAGAGUUUCCUGCCCAAACACACACAGGAAGUCAGAGUUGGGUUUCAAGCUGGGGGACCUGCUUCCGUGUACGCUUAGCCACUCUGCUCUACUGAAAUAUGGGUCAAUGUGAAAUCAGAGAGAGCCUUUGAUGUUGGCUUAAGGAAUUUUAUUCUCUACAACGAAUAUAUUCUCUGUAAUGAAAGCAUCACGGGUGACAUUAAACAUUUUUUAAAAAAUUG